AAUAUUAUAGCUCAGAAUUUGAGGAAAAAGAAUUAAAUAUGUCUUUAAAUAAAAUUAAAAAAUUAGAAAAAAUGAAUAGGAAUUUUAUAUUUGAAGUAGAAAACAUGGAAUCAGAAUAUACAUUAGAUUUUGAAGGUUUUGAGAAUGAAGAAACUGAUCUUGGCAUGAAGUUUCCUAGAAAAAGUGUAAAUCUUGAUAAAAUUAUUAAAAAACAAUUAGUUAAAGAUGAAUAUCAAAAAACAGAUGAUGAAAUAGAGUCAUUUAAUCAAGAAAAAAUAAAAAACACAAAUGAAUCUGAAAAGAAUGGAUUUGAGGGUAAUAAUUAUGUAUAAGGUAGGAUAUUUGGUAAUAAUAUAGAAUUAUAUAGUGAAAAAUCAGAUACUGAAGAAUUUUUUGAUUAUGAUAUGAAAGAAGAAACAGAUGAAGAAAAUAAAGAGCAUUUUUUCGAAAAAGAUGAUACAAAUAUAGAGAAAAAAGAUAUUGGAACAUUUUCAGAACUAAAUUUAUCACGACCUAUUUUAAAAGCACUUGAAACUAUUGGUUUCAAUAAACCGACAGCUAUUCAGUCAAAAACUAUUCCUAUAGCGCUUAUGGGGAAGGAUAUAGUAGGAAGUGCUAUAACAGGAAGCGGGAAAACAGGAGCAUUUCUUAUACCUAUUCUUGAAAGAUUACUUUACCGUCCCAAAAAAAUAGCUGUUACAAGAGUUCUUAUUCUUUGUCCAACAAGAGAAUUAGCUAUUCAAUGUCAAGAUAUAGCAAAAAAAUUGAUAUGCUAUACUGACAUCAAAACUUGUAUUUGUACAGGAGGCCUUUCUUUAAAAAUCCAAGAAGCAGAAUUACGAAAACGACCUGAUAUUGUUAUUGCUACUCCAGGAAGAUUUAUUGAUCAUGUUAGAAAUUCAUAUGGAUUCUCUCCAGAUGGGAUAGAAAUUAUUGUUAUUGAUGAAGCAGAUAGAAUACUUGAAGAAGGUUUUCAAGAUGAAUUGAAUGAAAUAAUAAAAAUAUGUCCAAAGUCUCGACAAACUAUCUUAUUUUCUGCAACAAUGACAGAUAAAGUUGAUAAACUGGUUAGACUCUUGCUUAAUAAACCAGUUAAACUAUUUAUUGAUCCAAAAAAUUCUACAGCAAAAUCUCUUGUUCAAGAAUUUAUACGUAUUAGGUCACAAAAAAAACAUCUUCGUACGGCUAUACUACUUUAUCUUUGUUCUAAUAUUUUUAAAACAAAAACAAUAAUUUUUUUUCGUAACAAAUCAUUUACUCAUAGGAUGCGAAUAGUUUUUAGUUUAUUGCAUUUAAAUGCCCAGGAGCUACAUGGAGAUUUAUCACAAGAACAGAGAAUUGAAUCGUUGAAAUCAUUUAAAGAAGGAAGGAUAGAUUUUUUACUUGCUACAGAUUUAGCAUCUCGUGGUCUCGAUAUAAAAAAAGUAAAUUAUAUAAUUAACUAUGAAACACCUCAAUCAUUUGAUAUUUAUCUUCAUAGAAUUGGUCGUACAGCAAGAGCAGGAUGUAAUGGUAUUGCUAUUACUUUGGUAGGAGAAGAAGAUAGAAAAAUAAUGAAAAUGGCUAUGAAAAUCGCACAAAAACAUGGAAAUAUAUUACGAAACAGAUCCAUUCCUUGGGAUUUAAUAGACACUUAUCAUUCUAAGUUACAAAAUUUAGAAAGUACUAUUCAAAAUAUUUUAAUUGAAGAAAAACAAGAAAAACAGUUACUUCAAGCAGAAAUAGAACUAAAAAAAAAUCAAAAUCUUAUAAAAUUUAACGAGGAAAUAAAAUCAAGAUCGCCAAGAACUUGGUUUCUAACAAAAAAUAAAAAAGAAAAUAUUAAAAGAACUUUUUUGAAUAAACCUGAAAAAGAAAUAGAAAAAAUAAAAAAGAAAAAAAGUAAAAACCAUGAAAAGAUUUCUACUCACACUUAUAAAAAAACAGCAAUAAAAAAAUUACAAAAAUUAACUAACCACAAAAAACAGAAAUACAAAAAAUAA